GGCUCGCCGGAGCAAAGGGAGCUUGAUGGACGAACAAGAGCAAUCGCGGCCGCUGCCAUCCGCGGCUCGCAGGAAAAAGUCGGAGCUCGUCGUAAGGCCGUCGCUGCUACCCGUGGCUCGCCGGAGGAAGUGGGAGCUUGCUUCUUCCGGGCCAAGGUUCGCCGGAGUGGACAAUUGCUAGUGGUAUGGCUCGCCGCUGGAUACCGACAGAGAUGAAGCGCGCUAGAGGGCUCGCCGGUCUGGGAGGAUACUCACCGACCCUAAUGGAGGGUACUGCCGGCGUCCCCCUACCGCGUGCUCGCUGCUCUCCGAAAAGAUCCCCGCGGUCCGCGGCUCGACGGCGGAGGGAGGAGUUGCCGGAGCUAGAGGAGUCGCUUGUCUACUGGACAGCCAUGUUGGCCACGGUCGCCAAGGGCUCGUCGAAGCUUGUCGCUGGUUAUGACUCUGCCAGAUCUCCAAGCGGUCACGGAUCUAAGCUCGCCAGAGAGAGGCUCGCCAAGGGCUCGCUGGAGAGGACCGGGAGUGGCUCGCCGGAGGAAGGAGGUAUUCAACAGAGGCCUGCCGAUGUCUGUGGCUCGCCCUAGAAGGAGCUCACUGCCCAGAUCUUUUGAUGCGACUUUCCGAUUUGAGAAGAAAAGGAAAUGGCCUCUCUCACCUGUUAGCCUUGGUUUGCUAAGCCUCAUGUUUUGCUGUUAACAAACAAUAUAAGAGCUUAACGUUU